AUGUGGGCGGAUCCUCGAAACGCCCCUGGGUUUGUACAUCGUGCGGCAGAGAAGCUGGAUGUCAACAACAAGAGAGUGUACGCUGAGGCUCACACGGCAUCAUUCUGGAUUGAUGCUCAGUGCUUCUUGUGGCACUUCGGGCGUGAAGAGGACCGAGCCAAACCCUGGGGAAACCCUUUCAACACCAUCAUGCCCGACAUCCUUCAUGUCAUUCUCAUUGGGAUUUGGCUUUACGUGUUGGAGUGUUUACUACGCAAGAACAAGCACCACAAGACCAUGAACUUGCGGCAUGGGGAAGAGUACAGGAGGACCUUGUUGGCAGGUCUAAAAAUCCCGCCACCUGGCCAUUAUUUCAGUUCUGGAGCUAACUACUCUGCCGCAGAGCACGCCGCCAUGAUGAGGGCUGAUAGAGUUCGCGCCCCUGUGAUGAGUGCGAGCCAUAAGAUCAUUGAGGCACCAUUUGGUCUUCCUGGCAAGCGAGGACAUGAGCUAUGGCAGAGCUAUGUCGCGUGCCAUCCCGAAGGGAUGGCGAGGUUUCAGCAAAUUCUGGCUGAAGCUGGUCAUUCCGUUCAAGACCUGCAUGUACAUACUGCAGUGGCGUUGCCAUCCACGCCCGAGAGAGAGUGCCACUAUGCACGGGCAAAUCCAAGCUUCCAUGGCAUGCCUGCAUUUUCACAUGCAGCGAUGCUGGGGAAUACUAUUGGUACAGAUGGAAGUCGGACCCGUGUGCUAUGCAGUGGUGGCUCAAACUGCCUCCCCACCUCCUCCUCCGGGUGUUUCCUCCCCACCGCCUCCUCCGGGUGUUUCCUCCACACCGCCUCCUCCGGGUUUUUCCUCCCCACCGCCUCCUCCGGGUGUUUCUUCCCCACCGCCUCCUCCGGGUGUUUCCUCCCCACCUCCUCCUCUGGGUGUUUCCUCCACACCUCCUCCUCCUGGUAUUUCCACCGCACCUCCUCCGCCAGGUGUUUCCGCCGCACCUCCUCCGCCAGGUGUUUCCGCCGCACCUCCUCCUCCGGGUGUUUCCGCAGCACCUCCUCCUCCGGCUGUAGCCUCCCCACCUCCCCCUCCUGCCCCUGCCACUUCAUCGCCCCCACCUCCCCCUCCUUCCCCUCCUCCCCCUUCUCCACCUCCCCCCUCUCCCCCUCCUCCCUCGCCUCCUCCUCCCUCUCCUCCCCCUCCCUCUCCUCCUCCUCCCUCUACCACCCCUCCUUCCUCUCCGCCCGCUUCUCUCCCUCCUCCCCCUCCCGCCCCUGCCGCAACAUCGCCCCCACCUCCUGA